GUCUCGGCGGUCAGCAGCGCUGGAGUCCGGAAGUAGGGCGGGACCUCGGCUCUGUAUAAACAUGGCCGUUAAAUCCUUCGCAGCGUCAGGUACUGCGUUGGCUGAAUAGUUGGACUUUAAGGAAGUAACUAGCGGACAACUUAUGCAGUAACAGGUGUAAAGAAAAUGUAGGCCAUUCAGCGACGCGUUUGUUUUCACGUUUCAGCGGCUAUAUACCUGCGCGAGAGCGACGGCGACAAACUUCAUUUAGUAGUUUGCGCCAGCUAGCCAAACGAGCUAACGCUGAAGGCUAACUUCUGUCAACUUUUUUUUUUGUUGUUUUUUUUUUUUCCUCCUCCUUCAGCCAGCCAAAAACUGUCUGCUUAUCGACAUGGAGAGGCGUCGUCGUUCACCCAGAAAGGCUCGAUGAAUAUUUCACACACGGACGGCCUCGGAUUGAAGUCAGCGACGGGCUGAGCAAAACUUUUUGUUUUGGAUUUGUUACUCUUCGCUGCUUUUUUUUUUUGGCGAGAGCACUUGUUAGUUUUCUGCGUGGAGACCGGUCGCGGAGCGGAAAUUAACAAUGUUUUCUGGCAAACCCGUGAAAGCCACCUUCAAGUGUUAUCUUCCCCCUGCGCAGACUGAUGUGAAGACAUCACCCAUCGAACCACCCAUUAAGUUGGAGCCCAGGUUCCUGCCAGGAGAGAUAAUCGUAAACGAGGCGAAUUUUGUGAGAAAAUGCAUCAGCCCUGACAACGGCCAGGAUGACCUGUGGGGGAGGCUGAUAUGCACCAACUUUAAGGUCUCCUUUAUUCCUCAAGAGCCGCCACCUAAACAGAAAGCCCAGUUGUCCCACCUGCUUCUCGGACAGCAUGACAUCUCGCUGACCUGCCUUGAGCAAGUGGUAACAGUUAAUGAUACGAGGGGGAAGAGGAAAGUGUUGGGCUCCAACAAGAAGCUGAAGUUCAACCCAGCAGAGCUGAUCCUGUACUGCAAAGACCUGCGUGUAAUACGAUUCUGCUUUGACGAGGCGGGGCCGGAGAGCGCUAAGAAAGUUUGCCUCGCCAUCGCCCAUUAUUCCCAUCCAGCUGAUCUUCACCUGCUUUUUGGCUUUGAAUAUCAAGGACUCAGAUAUCAUGAGUAUAAAGCGAACCCAGUCAACGGCUCCGACCCAAAGGGAGGAACACAGAUUCCAUUUUUUGACCGCCCCUCUGACUGGGAUCGAGAGAUCAAGAGAACCGGGGCUUCGGAGUGGCGGGUUUGCUCCAUCAAUGAGGAAUAUGUCAUCUCUCACAGUCUUCCAGAGUACAUCGUGGUUCCAGUUUCCUUGACCGAUCAGGAAGUGAAACAAUACUCGACGUCGUUCAGUGAUGGCCGCGUCGCUCUGUGGUGCUGGAAUCACAGGAAUGGCAGCGCUCUCGUCCGAAUGGCCGGCCUGAAAGAUCCGUUGGCUCAGAAGAAACCUGUAGAGAAGAUCCUCACAGCAAUCACCAAAAGCCAUCGACAACGGCAGGAAGUAAUUUUGUCAGACCUGGACAAGAGUCUUCCUAAUAUCCAGGACAUCCAGAGUGCCUUCGUUAAAGCCAGACAGAUCUGCACUUUAGACCCUUUUGAGGAGUCCGAGGAGAGAUGGCUUUCCGCCAUUGAAAAUUCACGAUGGCUGGAGUAUAUAAGGAUGUUUUUAAAGCACUCAGCGGAGGUAGUGUACAACCUGGAGGGAAGGAACGUCUCCGUCGUUCUUCUAGAGGAAGAAGACAGAGACCUGAACUGCGUGGUGUCCUCCUUGGUGCAGCUCAUGCUGGACCCUCACUAUCGCAGCCUGAACGGAUUUCAGAGUUUGGUGCAGAAGGAAUGGGUGAUGGCUGGCCAUCGCUUCCUGGACAGAUGCAACCAUCUGAAGAAGAACGACAAUAAGGAGUCUCCGCUCUUCACCCUGUUCCUGGACUGCGUGUGGCAGAUGACCAACCAGUACCCGGCGGCGUUCGAGUUCACAGAGGCCUAUCUGACGGUACUGAGUGACAGCAUGUGGAUCCCGCUCUUCAGUACCUUCCUCUUCAAUUCCUCCAAACAGUGCAAUGACCUCUUGCAGGAGUUUGCCAAGAAUAAAGCCAUCCCUCAGGAUGAAAACCACACCGUAUUCUUCCCUCCUGUGUGGAAUUGGUCGCAGCAGUUCUCCAGCAGAGAUCAGACCCUCUUUAAUAACCCCAUGUACGUGGGUAAAGGAGCGGCCUGUGUUCAGAACGGAGAAGUGAAAACCUUCCAGCGCACCAAGAAGGCCUUCAGCUCCACCAUGCGAAUCCCCAGCACCUCCCAUCGUAACGGAGUACGGGCCGAGGAGGAGCACUUCCACCGGCGGGGCUCUCUGGUCUCGGAGCUGAAGGCGGAUUUCUCUCCGGUCAAAGAUGAGAGCCCGUCCGAGCGCUUCUUCAGGGACUGGUUUUCUCGCCCCGCAGACCAGCAGGGGCUCCUCAUCCCCCUGGUCCUGCCCUCGCACGUGGUUCUCUGGAAGCUGUUCUUCCUGCGCUGGGUUCCCGAGGCUUGCAUCCCACACGGAGGCCCCGCCACCGUCUACCACAAGGUCUCCCAGCUGGUCGACGAGAUUGAGACGCUGCAGAGCAAGCUGCGGCAGUACAAGGGUGCCAGCCCCCGCGGCACCCCGGUCCCGAGCUCAAGCGGACCCCCUAAAGACCAAACAAGGAUGUAUUUUAAGGCCACUUCUCCAGGUGACUCCCCUGCAUCACCCGACAUCCUCAACUCGUCUUUUCCAUUCAGCCCUGUGGGAAACCUGUGCCGGCGGAGUGUUCAAGGGACGCCGAUUAGCAAAUUUCUGAAUGGGGCGAAGACCUGGCUCUCUACAGAGACUCUCUCCAACGACACUUUCUAAUGGAUUUUUGUAACAAGAUGAUGAUGCCCUCCAUGACCCUUUUUUGUAUACCUUCCAGUAAGUGUGCUGGCUGAUUUAAAAAUAGCCCCUUUUUAGGAUUUCUAAUUUUACACGCCUCCAUUUACUAGUAAUUGCACCAUUUAAUGCUGCUCUAAAUCUGAAGUAUAAUUUAGGUGGAACGUUUCAGAUUGAAUCAUUGUCUCUUAUAGGAAUAAAUCAAAAAUCCUUUCAAAAACAUCCUCUUUAUUAAACAUUACGCUCCUACUGCAAGGUCUUAACUUUUGUUUUGGGUCAUCUAGUCAGUUAAGCCCACAUGUAUUUUUUUUCUCUUGCCCCUCCAUACCAUAAAUCUGACUAAAAUCAUGCAUUUACCAGGAUGAUAUAGCUUUAAUGUAGAAUCAAGAGUUCCAUCUCCAAGCCUUAAAUAUAACUGGCUGUGUUUUUUUUGUAAAGCUAAAACUAUUAACAUAUAUUCCUGUAGCAGUGCUACUGGUAACUUUUUUUUUUUUCGAAGAAAACCGAUGUGUGAAAUUAGGACGCGUUCAUUUUUUAAUGCAGCAGCAAUGAUGCGAUUCUCUAAUCUCUAAUUUCUGCUAGUUUUAACUCUGAAAGGGCUACAAAAAAAUAAAAAAUUAAAAACAAUGUCUCGGCUAACAGGAAAUGUGCUCAGCUGCUAAAGCAGAAGGUAUCUGGUCUGUUCGAAUGUUACAUGAUCUUGAAGCGGUUUGCUGUAAUGAUAUCUUGUAGAUCUUUUGCAACAAACGCUGUCAGGGUCAGACUUUUUCUGGAUUUGUGUUUGUACUAUGGAAGUUCAUCUGAUCGUGAGGGGACAAAGAGCUGUGAGAACUAACAUCUGUGGUAGAUAUUUCCUCUUCUGCUUCGUAUAGGGUUUACUAAACAGUUUUCUUUUUUGUCUUUUUUUUUUAAUAUAUAUAUAGAUGCCUUCUGGUAAGGUACUGAGAGGGAACUGUUCCCAAUGAGGGUUCCCUGAAUGAGUAGACUAAUGAUCGAAAAGGGACAAAUUAUUUUGAGUCAAAUCAGUUCCUCGUUUAUUAAAUUGGGUAAAGCGGUGGAUCCGGCGAAGACGACUGUUUCAGGGCAUCAUCUUGGCAUAAGCUGAGAUGCAAUGCCCCCCCCCCCUUUCCCCCUAACAAAUUAACAUUUUCUGCAGUUUUGACAUUGCAGCUGCACCAAAUUUAAUGUGCAAUUCACUGUAGGGUGUAGAGUAAGACGACGAAAAGUUUAAACGGUUCAACAGCAGAAAAGAAAAAAAACAUUCUGAAAAUGCUCUGAUCAUCAUAUAUUCAUAGAAAAGCAGAAGCUGAAGGUAAUUCUGUUCUCAGGAAGGAUAAAACACAGCUUCUCUUGUUGCCUCGUUGCUGUUACACUGCACGCCAUAACGUUAUCUCUCUUUUAUGGUCUAUUUCCAAGCCGAUCAAGAACAUUUUGGAGACUCUCCUGUAGAAAUGUAAAAAUAUGUCCUCCUUAAUUACCCAGAAACCAGCACUGUCUUAACAGCUCAAAGAAAUCUGUAUUUAUUGCAAAAACCCUUUAGCAAACCUGGACGGCUUUAUUCCUUUACUAAAGUGCAUUAAUGCUGCAGCGCUCGAUUAACUGAGGAGACGCAGCAAACUCCUCGUCUUUCAGCAAUAACUAGUCCAGGUGUCUUUCUUAUAGGGUUUCAUGUAAGCGCAGACCUGCUUUCCCCAAUGCUAUUAAUUGCACUUUCUUCCAGAAUAUAGAAAAGAUUAUUAUUAUUAUUAUUAUCAUUAUUAAUAUUAUUAUUAUUAUUAUAAGGCAACAGUUGAAUAUAAUUUUGGCAAAUAUAAAUACUGUAUAUGUUUUGAAAUGUUUCCUUUAAUUCUGAAUAAUGGUACUUAACUCCUUAUUCUUGAUUUGGUCUUUCUAUUUUUAAUGGAGAUAUAUUUAUGUGCAGUUUUUUUUUUUUUUUUUUUUUUUUCCCCACUAAUUUUUUUACACUCUGCUGUAAUUGUAUGACGGCUGUGCCUCCUCUUGGGCACAGUUUCAGAUGGAUGACCAGCAGAUGUAUUUAUUCACUUAUGCAAAUGUUCUCAGAGAGGGAAGCAGUUACUUCUGCGCACCCUUUGUGCCUUUAUUUUUUUUUUGGGAAAGAUUGACUGUAAUUUGUAACUGUAUUCUUAAUCUGUUGAGCUAGUUUUGUUUCUAAUACUUGUGACUUUGCAGAGCUGUAACUGUACUAGGAUUCAGGGGGUUUGCACUGAAGCUGUUUUUUUGCUAACAGAACAUGUAGCUCAAAUAUGUAUACCAGCAACAAAUAAUUAUAUUCUUUUUUUUUUU